AUGUAUCGCGGUGUAUUGGGCGCAAUUAUCGCACUGUUGGUGUGCGUGUCGCAUAGUGCAAUUAUUCCACAACAACAUACCGGCAUUCAAAGCUACAGCGUAAGUGGGAGGUUGUUUUGUGGUACCCAGCCGGCCUCAGGCAUACGAGUUAAAUUGGUCGAUGAUGACUUCGGAUCGGAUCCAGACGACGAUUUGGAUGCAGGUUAUACCGACCAAAACGGUUACUUCAAAUUGUCUGGCGAUACCUAUGAAAUGACCACUAUUGACCCCCAUCUAAAAAUCUACCAUGAUUGCAACGAUGGCUUUACUCCAUGCCAACGACGCUGGAAGUUUGAAUUGCCGAACCACUACAUUACAAAUGGUAAAGUACCGCAGAAGGCCCUCGAUAUUGGUACAUGGAAUCUGGAAGCUAUAAUGCCUGAUGAAAGUCAUGACUGUAUCCACUAG